AUGGCCGUCUCUGCGGGAGCAAUCACGGACCAGCCCACAGAGGAGGGAAAGGAAGUAUGGGAUUAUGUGACCAUCCGCAAGGAUGCCCACAUGUUCUGGUGGCUCUAUUAUGCCACUAACCCUUGCAAGAACUUCUCAGAACUGCCCCUGGUCAUGUGGCUUCAGGGUGGUCCAGGCGGUUCCAGCACUGGAUUUGGAAACUUCAAGGAAAUAGGGCCUCUUGAUAGUGAUCUCAAACCACGAAGAAGUACCUGGCUCCAGUCAGCCAGUCUCCUAUUUGUGGAUAACCCUGUGGGCACUGGGUUCAGUUACGUGAACAAGAGUGAUGCAUAUGCCAAAGACCUCGCCACAGUGGCCUCAGACAUGAUGGUUCUCCUGAAGACUUUCUUUGAUUGCCACAAGGAAUUUCAGACGAUUCCAUUCUACAUUUUCUCAGAGUCCUACGGAGGCAAAAUGGCGGCUGGCAUUGGUCUAGAACUUUAUAAGGCCAUUCAGCAAGGGACCAUCCAGUGCAACUUCGCCGGCGUCGCUUUGGGUGACUCGUGGAUCUCCCCUGUUGGUAAGUACACAAUCCUCAGAUACUUCUUUACUCCUUUUCUCCAUCCUUGCCUGGGACUUUGGGCUGUGUGGUGCAGAUCAGAAAACAGGGAAACAGGAUUUUCUGGGUCCUUAGAGAUGUCAACACAAAAAGUGUUAACCCCAGAGGUGUCCAAGAAAUUUGGGGAUGAGAACUCAUUUAUAGAGCUCCCUACCUCUCUUCUCGACGACCAAGGCCUGGCAGAGGUGUCUCAGGUUGCAGAGGAUGUCCUGGAUGCCGUGAAUAAGGGGCUCUACAAAGAGGCCACCCAGCUGUGGGGGAAAGCAGAAAUGGUCAUUGAACAGAACACAGAUGGGGUGAACUUCUAUAACAUCUUAACUAAAAGCACUCCCACAUCUGCAGUGAAGUCAAGCCUUGAAUUCACCCAGAGCCCCCUAGUUCACCUUUACCAGCGCCACGUGAGACACCUACAGAAGGAUACCUUAAGUCAGCUCAUGAACGGUCCCAUCAGAAAGAAGCUCAGAAUUAUUCCUGAGGAUUGCUCCUGGGGAGGGCAGUCUGCCGAUGUCUUCCAGAACAUGGAGGGGGACUUCAUGAAGCCGGUCAUCAGCAUCGUGGACGAGCUGCUGGAAGCCGGGGUCAAUGUGACCAUUUAUAACGGACAGCUCGAUCUCAUCGUGGACACCAUAGGUCAGGAGGCCUGGGUGCGGAAACUGAAGUGGGCAGAGCUGCCCAAAUUCAACCAGCUGAAGUGGAAGGCUGUGUACAGUGACCCGAACUCUUCAGAAACGUCUGCUUUCAUCAAGUCCUACAAGAACCUGGCUUUCUACUGGAUCCUCAGAGCCGGGCACAUGGUGAGGCCGCGUCCCUCAGCCUUUGUGGUGGGCUCUUAGCUGCUCUGAGGGUGAAGCCAUGGGCAGGCAG